CAGAGAGCGGAAAAAAUAAAGAAAAGAUGAUACUUUCACGUGGCAAAACGGAUUCAGCCAGCUCACGGCAUGCGGCAAGCGGCGGUGGCAUGCAACAGCAGCAGCGCAAGGCCCCGGCACCGGCGACACUGGAGGAUUUCAUCAUCAGGCGUGACUAUACAGGUGCGCGAGCCUUUUUAGAGUACGCCAACGACGAGCAGGACGAGGGCGAGGAGACGGCUCAGCAAAGUGAGCAGCAACAGAAGCUGAUCGAUCAGUGGAUUGCCUUCUGCAAUUUCCACCUGGGUGACUACCAACAGGCCCUGACACAAUAUCAGGCCCUAAGGGAUCCCCAGCUGGAUCUCAACAUAGCCGUCUGCAUGUUCUACUUGGGCCUGUACGAGGAGGCACAGCAGCUGAUGGAGGGCACUGCGGAUACGCCGCUGAAGCAGCGCCUCCUCUUUCAUCUCGCCCACAAGCUGGGCGAUGAUCAGCAGUGGGCAGACCUGCUGGACACACUGCUAAGCACGCCCAGCGUCGAGCAGCAGCUGAGCCUCGCCUCGAUGCACUACAUGCGCGCCCAUUACCAGGAGGCCAUCGAUGUGUAUAAGCGCGUGCUGGUCGACAACAAGGAUUACUUGGCCAUCAAUGUGUAUCUGGCUCUGUGCUUCUACAAGCUCGACUACUAUGACAUGUCGCAGGAGGUGCUCGAUGUGUACUUGAGCCAGCACGCUGAUAGCACCAUUGCCAUCAAUCUGAAAGCGUGCAAUCGCUUUCGCCUCUUCAGCGGUCGCGUUGCCGAGCAGGAGAUCAAAAAUAUCGCCGACAAUGGCACAUUCGGUGCGGACUUAAUACGUCACAAUUUGGUGGUAUUUCGAAAUGGUGAGGGCGCUCUCAGAGUUCUGCCGGCACUGCUAAACAUAGUGCCCGAGGCCCGACUCAAUCUGGCCAUCUACUAUUUGAAGCAGGGCGAUGUGCAGGAGGCGCAUGCCCUCAUGAAGGAGCUGCAGCCCACUUCGCCGCAUGAGUAUAUACUGAAAGGAGUGGUGCAUGCGGCACUGGGACAGCAAUUGGGUUCGAAGGAGCACAUCAAAACGGCUCAGCAAAAUCUACAUCUUGUGGGCAGCUCAGCCACAGAAUGUGAUACGAUACCGGGACGUCAGAGCAUGGCCUCGGCGUUCUUUCUGUACGAACAGUUUGAGGAGGUGCUCGUCUAUAUGAACUCUAUACGCAGCUAUUUUGUAAACGAUGAUGUAUUCAACUACAACUUUGCGCAGGCUAAGUGCGCCACGGGCUACUACAAGGAGGCGGAGGAGCUGCUGGUGCAGAUCAGCGAUAUGGACAUCAAGAAUCAGCAUACCUACUGCAUGAUCCUCUCGAAAUGUCAUAUACACUGCGGCCAUCCAGAGCUGGCCUGGAAUAUAUUUAUUACCAGAGACACAAAUGCAGAGGCAUUUGUCUUGCUUCAGCUAAUUGCGAAUGAGUGCUACAAGUGCGAGGAGUUCUGGGUGGCUGCCAAAGCAUUCGAUAUGCUUGAGAAACUCGAUCCCAGUCCGGAGAACUGGGAAGGCAAACGAGGCGCUUGUGCCGGUGUGCUCUAUGCGAUGGCAACCAAGGCACAGCGUGGCCGACCCUCUGGAGGCAUCUCUGAGGUCAUUGGGCUACUGCGUGAAUCCUCCAACUCACAGGCAGAUUCAAUGAUCAAGACAAUUAGAAAACACAUAAGUAGUUUCAAGUAA